AUGUCUGACACCGAGCAACAGUUUAUGGAAACAUCCGAAAACGGCCAUGAAGGCGAGGAGGACUUUAACGGAGCCGAGCCCGCCGAUGAGACCAAAGCCCUGAAUGAAGGCGAGGCAGAGACCGAAGCCUGCGUAGAAGAAAGACGGCAUUAGAGGGAGAAGGCAAAGGGGAGGGAGAAGAUUCACAAAAUGGUGCCUCGGAAGGCGAAGGCGGACAGAUCAACGCCAGCAAAGGCGAGGAGGACGCAGGGACAAUGUUUGUUGGAGGACAUAGCUGGGACACGAGUAAGAAAGAUCUUAAAGACUAUUUCUCUAAAUUCGGUGAAGUGACAGACUGCACCAUAAAGAUGGACCAGCAGACAGGCCGGUCAAGAGGCUUUGGCUGUAUUCUCUUCAAAGAGGCAGCUGGUGUAGACAAUGUUCUCGAGCAGAAGGAACACAGACUAGACGGACGACAGAUCGACCCCAAGAAGGCCAUGGCCAUGAAGAAGGAGCCUGUCAAGAAAAUCUUUGUCGGUGGCCUCAACCCAGGAGUACUUUGGAACCUUUGGCGAGAUCGAGAUUAUUGAGCUUCCACAGGACCCAAAGACGGAAAAGAGAAGGGGGUUCGUGUUCAUCACGUAUAAGGAUUAA